AUGAGUAAAACAAUAGAUGAGGAUUUUUAUUUAGGAGAGGUCUUAUGGAUGCCUAUUUAUAAAGAUGGUCGUAUAAUCCAGUCACUGAAAUUAAAGAAAUUGAGAAAAUUUAUAGAAGAGAUUGAGGCAGCAGAAAUCUAUGUGCACUCAAUAGGUGUUACCUGUAAUACUAAUAGGGACACAAACAGGUCGCUUGCAUGUAUUUUUCAAGUACUAAAGGAUACAGACUAUGCAUUAAAAACACAGCCAGAUUAUCCUUCGUAUGUUGAAUUAACUGUGUUAAUCCUCGCUAGCCCUUACUAA